UGUGACACUGUAGAGUGAGAUCGUGGUUACACAUGGAGCUGUGUAAACUGAGCUGACAAGUCUUGAAGCUCGCUAAUAUGACGAUUUUAAAUUUUUCCUCGGGACAAGCUGAUGCUGUUCUGAAAUCUGUCGCUUCAGAAGAUCAAAUCUCAUGUGAUGUCAAAGACACGCUCAGGAAGUUCUUGCAGAAGCUGACAGAAAAUGCCAGGAGCGCAGGCAAACGGAGCAGGGAGCGCUCACUGGAUGAGGCUUCACAGAUCCUGCAGAAGAUCCCAAAAGAAGCACUUGGUUCCUUAAAGCCUGCUGCUCUUCAUCAGUUUGUUCGGCUUGUUUUGGCCUUACAGUUAGAGGCAGUGACUUCUUCAUCCACUUGCCGCAAAUUAGACCAAAUGCUGCAGGUCUUAGCUGAAAUAAACUACUCCAUAGUCUUUGAGGAAGUUAAACAAUAUCUGCUGAACCUUUUGCACCAAAAACAGGUGUUUUCAUUGAAAGAUCUUCAGAUAGUCUGUAUGUUCUUGGAGGACAGCACUUUGGGACGAGAGGUUCUCAAAGCAGAAUGUAGGACUCUGCUUAAUAAAGUCGCCGAGCUGAUUCCUGCUGUUUUGUCAGAUGAAGCAACCAGAAAUGGGCCACUGUGCUAUCAGACUGUCAAGAUCUGUUUGCAGGUGUUUCAGCUGCUGCCUGGUCAGGUGACCCUGAUGGUCUACUGUAAGGAAAGUGCAAAUAUGAGUUUGAGAGAUAUUUUGGAGUUCCUGAUGAGAGUUAUCUUGGGAGAGGUUUCUAGCAGAGAUACACGGUUGUUGGCUGGCACUGCGGUUGCAAUGCUGCUCACCACAGCGACAGACAGUCAGUGUGCAGCAUCAGCUGCCUGGAGUCUGCUGCAAAUCACCAAACACAGGUCAUCUACCAUUUUUAAUUGCACUUAA